AUGGCCAAUCCGUUCCCCGCUAAAACACUGACCGGUGAUUCUCAAACCGAGAAAUUCUCAAUCCCAUCCUCGUUUCCGUCGUCCUCACAACUCAGUCUGAGUGGGAAGACCAAACUGUCGCCCGCCGCAUCAUUUCUAAGACGCACCCCAAGUAAUGUGCAACAUGUUCGGCGCCAAUCCGUUCAGCACCCAGACGUCCUCCGCAGCUCGCGGCGAUACAAAUCCCAAUACCCCCUUGACUCUUCCGAGCGCCAUGUCGAAUAUAUCCUUGUGGCCUCGUUCCACAUCGACCGUGGUCCGAUAAUGGAACAUCAAUACCCUGCUGCAAUUAGUGGCGAUGAAAGCAUGCUUGCAGAGCUUAUGCUUCCCGACCAGACGCACGUAAGAAGUCAGGAUUGGACUAUUUUUUUCUUACACAAGGACACAGAGUCUGAUGAUGAAGAUGCGGGGGAAACUAGUAAAAGGCGGAGAAGACGGAAGAGGCAACAGACCGAAACCGAGCAAGGAAGCGAUGAGGAAUUGGCCAACGAUGAAGACCUUCAGUCAGAUGAGCCUGAUAGCACAGAUGACGAGGAAGAUAGCGGAGAAGGACCACCACUCAUGUAUGUCUUGAACUUGGUCAAUACCAAACAAGACAAUACAGCAAGACGUGGUGCUGUUGUCAAAGCCAUGGCUAUCUGUACGCGCCAUUCGUUUCUCCAUAUCUACAAGCCAUUGCUUCUGCUAGCCUUGGAAGAUUAUUUCAAGGCCCCGUACCCAGAGACCCUCGCAUCUUUAUAUAAUGCAGUCAAUGCGAUGGAUCUAUCUUUGUUACCUCGAUUCAACCUCCUCGAGCGAAGUAUUCUACAAGCCAGUGACUCGAAAGACAUGUUUAUCGAAAAGUUUGAGCGCAUGAUCGAACAGCGAGUCGCAGAUGAAGAGUCGGAACGUGAUCCUGAUGCACCUCCAGAGUCACCCACCGUGAAAGCACGCUAUGCCCUACCACGAGAUACGCACGAGUUUGAGUCCAAAGUAGUAUACAGCGAUAUACCAAUUCCAGUCAAGGUCCCUACAGUCAUUUGGCCAGAAACAGUGGGCGACUUUUCGCUCAUCAAACUCAUUCAAAUAUUUGCAACACCACACUCUACGACACCGCAACCAUUUGCGCUUCACCCACAUCUCACGACCAACGGAGCUUAUACCCAUCCUAUUAUUGUCUUAGUCAAUGCCAUGCUCACUCAGAAAAGAGUCAUUUUCCUAGGACAUAAUCGACCAUCAGGAGAAGUAGCAGAAGCUGUAUUAGCUGCGUGUGCUUUGGCAUCUGGCGGUAUUCUUCGCGGGUUUACUCGUCAUGCGUUCCCAUACACUGACCUGACCAAAAUCGAUGAUUUAUUGAAGGUGCCAGGAUUUGUUGCUGGAGUGACCAAUCCCACAUUUGCAAAUCACCCUGAAUGGUGGGAUUUAUUAUGCGAUCUCCCUACCGGCAGGAUGAAGAUUAGCAGUCGGAUUGAACAAGCACCACUAACAGAAGGACUAAAGUUCUUUCUGCAUCCUACUGGCGGCAAUGCAUCCAACCAGGGCGCUGACCUCACAGGCGAUGUAGCCUUUAUGAAUGACAUUCUUCAAAGUAUCAAUCAACGAUACGGCGAAGGGGUGAUCCGUGCCAAGUGGCGGGCAUAUAUCUACAAGUUUACCAGAGUAGCUGCAGCCUUUGAAGAGACAGUCUACGGCGCUUCAGCUGUCCAUAUUAUGGGUCCUCGAGAGGGCACCACGUCAAGUUCUAGUGGUGCUAAAGCGGAUCCGUCAGAUCCGGCAUCACUGCGUGGGCAUGGCUACGUGUGGCCUGAUGAGGUUAGCAAGCAACGAGAACUUGCAGCAUGUGUCCAUAGGAUCGAAGGAUGGCGGAAUACUCGGUCUUACUAUGCAUUCAUUCAGGAUGUUGCUACCUCGUACAAUGCCACUGGUCCUAUUAAACAGAUGGACUUGCAGCAUCACCAUGAUCGACUACGUUCUUUGAAGCUGCCUCCUGAAGAAGCUGCUAACAUAUAUUUUGCUUUCUCGCACGCGAUACGCAAUUACGCUGGGGUGUGCCAAUUGCUGACAGUAACACCGGAGAGCCAGGCAGGAUUGUUCUACGUCAGUCUUGGACUAUUCCAUCCAGACGUCGCAGUACGGGAUUCUACAGCGGACUUACUCGACCGUAUAGCCAGUCAUGAGGCAGGGCGACAUUUUUGGAACCAGGUUGGACGGUUUACAAAGCUGGCAUAUUUCAGGAUUAAACGAGACCGCGAUAGUCUGAUCAGCCCAGCUCUUUCGACGGCUACCCAGGGUGACCCUUUUGGAGGGCCGCUCCGUCAGCAACGGAGUUUGGUCGGCAUUGCUCUUGAGGGCACGAGUGCCACGAACCGGAGGAGCUGA